AUGGAUUUGAACGGUGAGUGUAAGGGAGGAGAUGGGUUUAUUGACAGAAGCAGAGUUAGGAUUUUGCUUUGUGACAAUGAUUCCAAGAGCCUGGGAGAUGUUUUCACCCUCCUUUCACAGUGUUCUUAUCAAGUGACUUCAGUGAAAUCAGCAAGGCAGGUGAUUGAUGCACUAAACGCAGAGGGACCUGAUAUCGAUAUAAUACUUGCGGAAAUUGAUCUCCCCAUGGCCAAGGGUAUGAAGAUGCUGAGGUACAUCACACGUGACAAAGAUCUUCGGAGAAUCCCUGUCAUAAUGAUGUCGAGGCAAGACGAGGUACCUGUUGUGGUGAAGUGCUUGAAGCUAGGUGCAGCUGACUACCUUGUCAAGCCUCUUCGCACCAACGAGCUUCUCAACUUGUGGACAUACAUGUGGAGAAGAAGACGCAUGCUAGGACUUGCUGAGAAGAAUAUGUUGAGCUAUGAUUUUGAUCUUGUGGGAUCUGAUCCAAGUGAUCCAAACACAAACAGUACCAACCUCUUCUCUGAUGACACUGAUGACAGAAGUAUCAGGUCCACCAACCCGCUGAGAGGACCUUUAAGCCGUCAGGAAAAAGAGUGUCCUGCUGCUACUGGUUCUGUUGAUGGCACAGCCACUUCAGCUCCUCCUCCAUUAAAUCAUCUUCCUGGGUCUCAUCAUGAGCCUAAUCCAGAGAAAUUUUCUUCAGUGCCAAAGAAGAGUAGAUUGAAGAUUGGAGAGUCCUCAGCUUUCUUCACAUAUGUCAAGUCUACCGCCCUGGCUACCAACUGUCAAGAUCCUCCCCAUGUCAAUGGAAACGGCUCACUUCAUCUUCACCCAGGUGUGGUUGCGGAGAAGCUUCAAGUGGUGGCCAGUGAGGUGAUCAACAAGCCCAAGCAAACACACCGAAGCAGAGAGACUGAGAAAAACUUACAGAAUGGCGGCGCCACGGAAGAACUUCAUGGUAGGAGUUACCAAGAGAGGAAUCAGGUUGCUGUGAACAGAAGUAAGGAUUCAUCUCAAGUUGCCUAUCCUUACUAUAUGCAAGGGGUCAUGAACCAAGUUAUGAUGCAAUCAGCAGCCAUGAUGCCUCAGUAUGGUCAUCAUCAACAUCCUCAUUACCCACCUAAUCAUCUCAAUGGAAUGACAGGAGUUCCUUAUUACCACCACCAUCCCAUGAACACACCCUUACAGCACAAUCAAAUGUCACAGAAUGGUCAGAUGUCUAUGGUUCAUUAUCAUCCGUCAUCUAACGAGGUGAGAGCGAGUAAACUUGACAGAAGAGAGGAAGCUUUGCUUAAAUUUAGACGUAAGAGGAACCAAAGGUGUUUUGAUAAGAAGAUUAGGUAUGUGAAUAGGAAGAAGCUCGCUGAGAGGAGGCCGCGUGUUAAGGGUCAGUUUGUUAGGAAAAUGAACGGGGUGAAUGUUGACUUAAAUGGGCAGCCUGACUAUGAUGACGAGGAAGAGGAGGAGGAUGAAGAGGAAGAGGAGAAUAGGGACUCAUCUCCUCAGGAUGAUGCUCAGGGAACUUGA